CUCAAAUCUCUCUUUCUCUCUCUCUCAUCUCAUUCUAUCUCACAGAAGAAGAAAGAGAGAGAGAGAGAUAGAAACCCUAAACAUCGUGCCCUUGAAGUUAAGAUAUCUUCAGUUUUGUAGGAAUUCAUUUUGCUUGCUUCACUGCCUUCUCUCUAUCAUUGUCUUCUUCCUCUUGCCUCUAACAGAAGCAAUACUUUCCGGCCUCCAAGGGCAAAGGAGAAAAAAGAAUCAUAUUGAUUUGUUUAAAGAAGAGUACGGAUAAUGGAGAUAGGCUCGUCGUCUACGGUGGCCGGUGGGGGACAGCUUUCGGUGCCUCCGGGUUUCCGGUUUCAUCCAACGGAAGAGGAGCUUCUAUAUUAUUACCUCAAGAAGAAGGUUUCUUAUGAACCAAUUGAUUUAGAUGUUAUUAGAGAAGUUGAUCUCAACAAGCUUGAACCUUGGGAACUUAAAGAGAAAUGCAGAAUCGGGUCGGGUCCUCAAAACGAGUGGUACUUCUUUAGCCACAAGGACAAGAAAUAUCCGACAGGGACCCGAACGAACCGGGCCACUGCAGCCGGGUUCUGGAAGGCUACUGGUAGAGACAAAUCGAUACAUUUAAACAGCUCCAAGAAGAUUGGACUUCGUAAGACUCUUGUCUUCUACACUGGUCGUGCUCCUCAUGGCCAAAAAACCGAAUGGAUCAUGCAUGAAUACCGCCUGGACGAUAACGAAAACGAAAUCCAGGAAGAUGGGUGGGUUGUAUGCAGAGUGUUCAAGAAGAAGAACCAUUUCAGAGGAUUUCACCAAGAACAAGAUCAAGAUAAUCAUCACCAUCACCAAUACGUAAGCACCAACAAUGAUCAUCAUCAUCACAUUGAAUCCAAUUCAAACAACCAUUCUUCAUUGAUCCCACAUCAUCUGGAUAAUCAUCAUCAUCACAUCGGAAGACAGAUUCACAUGCCAUUACAGGAUUUUGCAAACACUUUAAGCCAUGGCUCAAUGCAUCUCCCUCAGCUCUUCAGCCCUGACUCAGCUGCAGCGGCUGCGGCAGCAGCAGCAGCCCACCAACCUUUUGUGUCGUCAAUCAACACAACGGACAUUGAAUGCUCACAGAAUCUACUGAGGCUGACUUCUAAUAACAAUUAUGGUGGAGACUGGUCGUUUCUGGACAAGCUUCUCACUACGACCAACAACAUGAAUCAGCAAGUGCAGAACCAUCAAGCAAAAUGUUUUGGUGACUCGAGUAACAACGGUAAUAACGACCAGACUCAUGAUCUGGGUAACAACAAUGGUGGUGGCUCUUCUUCAUCUCCAGUUAAUCAAAGGUUCCCGUUUCACUACCUGGGAAACGACGCUAAUCUUCUCAAGUUCCCAAAGUAGAUCCAUCAGAUUUGAUUUGAUGGAUCUCAUGUUUUCGAUUUUACUCUCUUCUCCAAGCUGUGGAACUUGACACAGCAACCAACUCACUGUUCCAGAG